AUGACCAUUCAACUUGAACAUAUCAAGCCACAUACCUCGGCGCAGGACUUCUUCGCACAAUACGUCUCACUACGGAAGCCGGUAAUCAUCGACGGCCUUCCAGACGAUCCAUCCUUCGCGGCUCAAAAAUGGUCUUCAGACCUUGAUUACCUCUCCUCGAAAGCGGGUGACACCAAGGUGCUCGUCGAGCCCAUGCACCCGACCACCCAACAGUUUGGCACGGACGUCCAACGGGUCUCGAUGCCGUUCCGCGAGUUCCUUCAGUCGCUCAAGAACGAGAAGGGCCCCUACCACUAUCUGACAACGCAGUAUUCUGGAGAGGAGUGGGACGCGCUGACCGUGUUCUCGCCGCCGACGGACGCGUUGAGAGACGAGUUCCCUGAGGUCCCGCGGCUCAUAGGAAACCUGUAUCUGCAGCAGGCGAACCUCUGGUUGGGGAAGUCGAAAGACGGGUCGUCAUCAGGACUGCACCACGACUUCCACGACAACUUGUACUGCUUGCUCAAGGGCCGCAAGCGCUUUGUGCUCUUCCCACCCCAUGAGCACGAACAUCUCUAUCCGCACGGAACUGUGCACACACUUCACAAAAACGGCGUCAUCGCGUAUGAUAAGAUGCUUCGCGCAGACGGACUGGACUACCGAGUCGCACUCCGCACGCGCAUCGCCGUUCUAAAGAAGCAGCUGGACGCAAUGGAAGCCAGCGGCGCCAAGACAAAAGGAAAAGGAAAGGCGAAGGCGGCAACGAAGGAGAGGAAGGCCUUGGAGAGGGAGUACCUCAGCUUGCGAGAGGAGCUAGAGGAGCUGGCGGAGGACGAGCAGUAUGGGUUCCCGCUCGACGAUGACGAGGACGACAUAGAGCGUGUCGACGAUGGGAGUGACCUCGGUUCGCUCGCUGGAGACUUGGACGGUCAAGACGACUACGAGGCGUUGAUGGGGGAGGAUGGGUUGGACGGAGACGAACGGUCUAUCACUGGCGAAGACCGAAGCGGGGAGGCAGCGGAGGACCCUCCUUCGUUCUCUUGCAUUCCAACGGCCUUCCUGCACAAGCAGCUUGACUUGCCGACAACCGCUAUCGCCCUGUCUGAUUCAUCUCCUGCGGACUUCCUCAAGCUCGCGAAAGCGAGCCCACCGUACGUCGUCGAGCUGUCCGCAGGCCAAAUGCUGUACCUUCCCGCUUCGUGGUGGCACGAAGUCACGUCCUCGUCGGAUGGCGAGGAAGACGUGCACAUGGCGUUGAACUGGUGGUUCUACCCGCCGGAUGCGGAUAGCUUCGAAGAGCCAUACGAAGACAAGGCUGUCUGGGAAUACCUCCGGGAGAGCAGGCGCAAAGACGGUGUGGCGAGGAUCGGGGACCCGGCUGCUGAUCCAGGAAAGAGAAAGCGCGAUGACGGCAGUGAGCUACCAGUCAAGAAGGCAAAGAAAUAG